UAACUAGCUGAGAUUUAUACUGCAUAUAUAACAUAAUGUCUCUGAAGACGGAAGAGGAGCUGCGUGCUAGCUUCCACGCAUUCUCCAACCACGAGUCCAACCGGAUCACCAAGGACAGUCUGAAGAAGUGGUGCAGCAAGCACUCCGUCUCAACCGCACACAUCGAAGAAUUCAUCAAGAAGUUCGACGACAACCGUGACAAGGAGGUGGACUUCUACGAAUUUGUGCGCUACUAUCUGCGGGAGGACAUCGAGAAAGAGUUCAAACAGUAUGACUUGAAUGGAGACGGCAUGAUUACCAGGCAGGAGAUCAUGACUGUGUUGAGAAGAAUGGGCAUUCAGAAUCAGCAGGAGUUGCAGAGUGCAGCCUACGCCCUGAUGAAGAGUGUGGACGAUAACAGCGAUGGGUUUAUUUCCUACCCUGAGUUUGCGGACCAUUUCGUCAAACAGAACUACUCCUUCAAGUCAUAAACUGCAAGCCACACAAGAACCCAGCAAACUCAAUUAAAAUCACUUAUAAUCGAAUACGCAAUACACCCAAAAAGAAUUCAAUUUCUUUGAGAGUCAAUAUUAGGAGGGGCAAGUCAAUUGAAUUACGGAUAAUUUAGAGAAUUGUGGAGAAU